GCUAAUUAUAUCGUCAGUGUGACAUGAAGACCAGUGGGACAAACAAGUGAGAUAAGUUGAUCAACAUGCGUGUCCUAAUAUUAGCGCUGGCAUUGUCCUGCGCCUACGCAACUCCCCAGUACGUGAAAACUGCAGGAGUGAAGGGGGGGUACAGCGGUCGAGGGUACCAGUACCAUGGUGGAGAGAGUCUUGUGAGUAACUACAGCAGCACCCAGAGCCAUGGGUAUGGUGGUUAUGGAGGCUACGGUGGCUACACUAGGACCAACAUGACGCAACCCACCAACUAUGAGAAGGGGGUCUGCUACAUAGAAGUGCCAACAGCCAGUUUGGUCAGAGAUCCUUCCCACGUUCCUGCUGGCAAUGGAUCCCGUCCAGACCUGAGCCGCAUCAGGAGCUGCUGCACCGGCUACAUCAGGAACAUCCACAACUACAGGAUCUGCGACCCAGUAUGCAGCCAGGAAUGCGUGAACGGGCUCUGCACUGAACCCAAUACCUGCACUUGCUUCCCAGACCAUGUGAAGAAUCUGGCUGGGUUCUGCGUGGCUACCUGCCCUAUAGGCUGCCAGAAUGGACAAUGUUCGGGAGGAGAGUGCAUUUGUAAGGACGGGUAUAGGCUGGAUUCGGAGAGCAAGUUCUGUGUUCCUUAUUGUCGGGAACAGUGCGGCGGUAUGGGAGGAGGUAACUGCACAGCUCCAAAUACCUGUGAAUGCAAGCCCGGCUACAGGUCCACUCCUGAAGGUUCCUGCAAGCCUGCCUGUGACAGGUGCAAGGACGGGCAGUGCGUUGCACCUAAUGACUGCCGCUGUUCCCCAGGCUACACCAAGAAUCAGUAUGGAGACUGCAUCCCACAGUGCUCAAGGGCCUGUACACCACCAAACCAGUGCAUCGCUCCGAAUGUCUGCGAUAACCCUGCAAACCCCACAACCACUACAAUUCGCUCCCCCUAUGCUCAACACACGAUUAACGGGACAGUUGUACCUCACGGUCAAAACCCACAAAAUCCUAACUAUCCCGGUUAUCAACAACCGUACUAUCCUGGACAACAAUCCCCCUAUGCUCAACAUACAAUUAAUGGCUCAGUUGUACCUAAUGGUCAGAACCCUCUAAAUCCUAACUACCCCGGUUACCAACAACCGUACUACCCUGGUCAACAAUCCCCAUAUGCACAACAUACAAUUAAUGGGUCAAUCGUACCCACUGGUCAGAACCCUCAAAAUCCUAACUACCCCGGCAAUCAACAACCGUAUUAUCCUGGACAACAACCCUAUUACCCAGGACAACAACAACCGUACUACCCUGGUCAACAAAACAAUUAUCCUGGCUAUCAGCAACCCAGUCAACCAGGCCAGCAACCUGGCAGUCAACAGCCGAAUUACCCCGGAUACCAAGAAAUAAAUACCCAUGUGUUCCCACAUAAUAAUUACCCAGGUUAUCAGCCCAACUAUCCCGGUUACCAAACAACUAAUCAGACUGGGAGACCAAAUGGAACACAGCCAUCUUACUACCCAGGCAGUCAAUACAACUCGACCAGCCAACAACCAAGCUAUCCUGGUCAGAAACCAACGUAUACUCCAGACGGUCAAAUAAUUUACGUGAAUAUACCCGGCAGCCAGCCUAAUCUUAACCCAGAUAGCCAACACGUCAGCCCUAGCCCUAACAGCCAAUCCCCCAAUUCAAGCCAGCCACUACCCAAUUCUGGAACCAACUAUCCCACCAGUCAAUAUCACCCGGGUAGUCAACACUAUCCGGGGCAACAGGCAAACUAUCCCGGUUACCAGCAACCUAGCCAGCGUCCUACCAACGCUGAGCCUUACUACCCGAACAGUCAAUACUAUCCUGGUAGUCAACCAAACUAUCCUUAUAAUCAAAAUGGCUACCAAAACCCGAACCAGCAGUAUCCUUCGCAGCCUCAAUCGGAGUACCAAUACAUCUAUCCAACCAAUCAGAUGUCAGCUAUGGCGCUGCUGUGCUCCCAGCCGUGUAUCAAUGGCACUUGUGUUGGAAGAGAGAUGUGCGCUUGCAAUACUGGAUACGUGCCCAUUGAUGGUGACACAUCUAGAUGUGAGCCCCAUUGCACGGGAUGUUCAAACGGUGUUUGUGUGUCACCCUACGUGUGCCAGUGUAACCCAGGUUAUUCCAAAGACUUCAGUGUCAAAGGUCGCUCGUCCUGCGUCCGACGCAUACGCCGCUCCGUUGAAACGCCAGCGCUCAACAUUCGUGAUCUACUAGUGUUCGAAAUACCAGAGGAAGAAAUGAUUGUUUAAUUAAAUAAUAAUAUGUAGAUAUAAAAUGUACUUUUUGACGUGU